CCCCUACUGAUCUUCUAGCAACUACAAUCCCCAUUGUCCAGCGCUAUCACUACCUUACACCACACUCUCUGCUAUACAAUUUGGUUGCGAUCCAAUCGUAUCACUGAGCCGGUCCUCCAUUUCCUGCAAAAGUGGCGGUCCUCGUGAAUGCAACAGUUCACUGCCCAAAUGGUUCAAUAACACCCGUUGAAUACACUCCCUACAAUCAACCUUUGCCUGCUCUGCGCAGCAGCAAAUACCAUACGGGAGUCUGCUAACAUUAGCUGGAUAAUCUGGGGAAUUCCAGAAAAAUAAAAGAAUAAAAAAAUAACCCGAAGAUGCCUACUCUUGCAGUUACAAACUUCAAUAUUGUCUGCUCGGUCCUCGGCGGCUUCAUAACUGUGUUUGGGCUUGUCUCAUACCUUUUCAAAGAGAAAUUCUAUCUCUCUGAAGCAUUGAUAUCCCUACUGGCCGGAGUGGUCUUCUCUCCUCAUGCAACGAACUUCGCGAAACCUCUGGAAUACACGGGAUCGGAAGCCAACCUGAACAUCGUCACAUUGUACUUCAGUCGCCUUGUGCUCGGUGUACAACUAGUUCUGGCGGGGGUCCAACUCCCAAGUCGGUAUCUACAGAAAGAAUGGAAAUCGCUUGCCUUGCUCCUGGGCCCUAUAAUGGUCGUUAUGUGGAUUGUUAGCAGUCUCCUAGUAUGGGCCUUGGUUCCGAAUAUUUCAUUCCUCCAUUCUUUGGCUAUCGGAGCUUGCGUGACUCCGACCGACCCUGUUUUGUCGAACAGCAUUGUCAAAGGCAAAUUCGCGGAUAAAAAUGUUCCGAAGGACCUGCAGAAGAUCAUCGUUGCUGAGUCUGGGGCAAACGAUGGACUUGGAUAUCCUUAUCUCUUCCUGGCGCUAUACUUGAUCAAAUAUACUGGUGAAGGAGGGCUAGGACAGCAUGGAUCAGCGCAAAAAGCUAUGGGUCUUUGGUUCGGAGAGACCUGGGGAUAUACCAUAUUGCUCAGCGUAGUCUACGGGUGGGUAGUUGGCUGGAUCGCGAAAGAACUUCUACAUUGGGCAGAUGAGAAGAAAUUCGUCGACCGAGAGAGCUUCUUGGUCUUCGCCAUCACGCUGGCUCUAUUCAUCGUCGGGACAUGCGGCAUGAUUGGAAGUGACGAUGUACUGGCCUGCUUCAUUGCGGGUAAUGCCUUCACUUGGGAUGACUGGUUUCGACUUGAGACAUUGGACGAUUCGCUUCAACCUACCAUUGACAUGCUUCUCAACCUGGCCAUUUUCAUCUGGUUCGGAGCCAUCUGCCCUUGGGAUUCGUUCGUACACAACGACGUUAUUCCUAUUUACCGCUUGAUAUUUCUAGGGAUUCUGAUUCUUCUCUUCAGGCGACUCCCUAUUGUCUUUCUUAUGCACAAAUCUAUCCACCAAAUUGAGGAGAAGAGACAAGCAAUAUUCGUAGGAUUCUUUGGACCUAUCGGUGUAUCAGCCAUCUUCUAUCUAUAUAUCAGUCUCGAGUUCCUUGAAGGUAUCACUGUGGAUGGUGUCCAACGAGAUGAUGCCAAAAAACUGGGCGAUGGGAUAAAGGUGGUUGUGUGGUUCUUGGCUAUUUGCAGCAUUGUUGUCCACGGCCUUAGCAUUCCUUUGGGCAAGCUCGGCUUCUUCCUACCAAGAACUCUGUCCCGAGCAUUAACCUCCCAAAGUGCUAACGACAACGAACCCUUCCGGGUGGGCGAACGUAUCAGGACGUCCGCCAUCAGUGGUUUGCGUAAGCGUAGGAAUAGGAACAGGUCAGCCAGCUCAAGGCAAGCAGAUUCAGAAGCAUCAACACCACGUUCGGCUUCAAAUGCUCCCCCACUAUUCAAGAUUGGAGGCAGAGUUAUCUGUGAACCAAACCCGGGCUCUGCCACCCCAGGAGAUCCUGGAUCAGGGGAGCCCUCGACACCUUCAACGCCUCCUGCAGUGGCCCAUCAGAGAACAAUUCGCUUUCCUGACGAUGAACCGCCAACGUUAGUUCUGGAGGCCACGGACGCAGAAAGAAGAGAAGAGUGAAGGGGCUGAGAGGAGGCGAGGAUGUGAUGGACUAGAGUGCAUAUUCUCUCCGGAUAGCUCCCCGGGCUGUAAUAAUCGCCGGUGCCGUAGCGGUUUCACCUAAAUCUACCUGGGUUCUAGAGCCAGUGUUCCUCGUAAAGCAUCUGUUUUCAGUGACCCGUGCAUGUGUAUCCCGCCCAGCUAUAUAUUGUAGUACCGCGAGACCCGUUCUAAC